GUCAGUACACGUGGGUGCACAUGGCUUGGCCCGCCGCAAAAACAACGCCGCGCAAAAAAGCCGCGGCCCUUCCUGCUUGCGCUCUUGGCCCUCAGCCAUCCCUGUUGCCUCCGCUCUCUGGUGAUAGCCGAGCCGCCGAGCCGCCGAACGACCAACCCAACAACCCUGCUGGCCGACUCAAUUGCCGCCGCCUGUCGCCCGUCCCCAACACCGCAUAUAAGUUGCGAUCUCCCAGAGCUCGCAAGCACCGCAAAAACCCCAUCGCAAGUCCUCUGCCGCCGCCAACGGGCUGCCAUCCCCCCCUCCCGUUCCAAACACGACUCCUGGCCCUCUUGCCCACUAGCCUUUCUCCCUCACCCAGCAAUCAGUCCGUCUACCGCCAAUCUCCCCGCAGCCAUGAUUUUCUGGGGUACCUAUCGCUUCGCCUGCUCAAAAUGCCAGGUCGGCCAUCGAAAUGCUUCGUGCGACCACCUCUCCCGGCCGCUCAUUGAGCUCAAGGGCAAAGGCCGUCCUGUAUCCCAGUGCUCGUUCUGUCGGGAUAAGCGUAGAGCCGGUCAAGGACACGCCCACCACAAGUGCAUCUGCGGUAGCCUCUCGAGCUCCAUCUCAAAGAAGCGAAUGGAGGCUUAUUUCGAGACGGGAAUCGUGAUGGUGUUUGAGGGCGAAAACGCCGAGUCCGCCCACCAGAAGCUCCAGAAGGAGCGGGAAAUCACCGUCACGAUUCAAAAGAAAAAGACCCAGUCCCCCGAUGAUCUACACAUGAAUUUUGUGUUCCAGACGGCCAAGUUCUUUGAAGAGGUUGUCGAGGUCGACAUGAUGAAAAUCCUGGCCAAUCCGUGCCAAUGUCAUAUGGGUGGGCCAUGUAUUUGCUCCGAGCUGCCGGCCCAGCCCCGGAACAAGUCGAGGAAGGAGACGCCCACCCAGCUCGCCAACAUUGCUCCCUCGCUAGCCUCGUCCUCGCCUUCGUCCUCAGCCGUCCGACCGGCGACGGAAGCUAUCCAUUCUGUCGCCCCAACCGGCUUCUACUCCAAUCCCCAAGCCUUUGAUGCCGCGCCCAGCAAGAGCCCUGGCUUUGACUUUAAUCUUCAGCAGGAUCUUUCCUCCCGUGUGUUUUCUGACGCCAUGUCUCACCCGUCUAUGCUUCCGGCGCAAGAAAUGCCCUCGACCUUCCACGGGCAAUAUCCCAUGGUUACCAGUCACGACCGUACGGCGCUUGAGGCGUUGUUCCAGCUCCGCGACGGCGCCAGCAUAUACAGCCCGGCCGGCCUUGGCUCGACGCUGGGAUUCCAGGCGCCGCUCCCAUCACCGGCCCCGGUCAUCGAUGCCUCGGGCAUAGUCAAUCCCAGUCUCCUGGCGCCUUUCCCAAUGAUGAAACCGAGCACCUUGGAUAUGCUACCGUACAUCACUGCAGCCCCUGUGGACCCGGUCCGCGAAAUGGCCUACAACGCACGCAUGGCCAACGGUCAGCCGCAAGCUGGCUUUGGCAAUCCAUUGCCGCCGGUGCAAGGGGACCACCUCCCCAAGCGGUCGUGCUGCUCUUCCAAAUCGAAAAAGUCGCCGGCUCCAUCAAAGCCCCAGAGCGCCAAGGCCACAUCCGGAUGCUGUGGAUCCAAGCCAAAGCCAGACGAGCGAGUGCGCAGCGGCAUUGCUUCACCACAAACAGACUCUUGCUGCGAGUCAGGCCGCUCGGAGAAAGCCUCUCUCGGCCAAGCCCACUCACGGGGCGGCUGCGCGGGAUGCGAAUCGAAUGGGGGCUGUCAAUGCGCCAGCUCUGCUGGAGGCUGCCGCUGUUCGUCCGUCGAAAGCACCGAGUACUCGAGUUCGAUUGAAGACAAUGGCCACGAAUGGUACGACAACCGCAAAUGGGUUGAAAUCCCACAUGCCGAUCCGUCGAGCUCAGCAGCUCCAAGCCCGGCGCACACCAAGUCGACAGGAUGCUGCGGUGGCAGCGGCAGUGGUGACGGUGGUGGCAGUUGCGGCGGUCGAAGCCGCGAGCAGACCGAUCGACUGGCUUAUGCCAUGGCACACCCGGCGCUGCAGGGCUCGGUGGUGGGGCAGCACCAGCAUCAGCUCCAGCUCCAGCUCCCUGUCGUUGACUCGUAUGCUUCCCAAGCACCUACCGAGCCAGGAGCUGGCGAGUACGUCUCCACCCCACCCGCGAGCGGCCCGGCGUCGUUCUGCGCAUCCAAGCUGCCGUCGGCGCAGCGGCUCGAAGCUCUUGUGGCCCUGAAUACGAUCGUCCAAGAGGAAAUUGCGCGAGCGACCUGUGCCUGCGGAUGCGACCGUCAGGGCGGGGUAUGCAGAAACUGCACCAAGUAACCUGGCUCGACACUCGACGACAUGCUGUGGGACACCGAGCUGCCCGCAAGAUCGUGGCGCGAAUAGUUUUGGUGACUGGGGUUCGAGAGCGAGGCGAGCUAUCGGUCUUUAUAUGGGCAAACGGGACACCCUCACGAUCCCAUUUGUCAGCCUAGUAUGUGAUGGCUUGCGUCUGGCUAAGUCAUAAGAAAUAAAAACAGAUCCCCUCCGA